ACAAAAAAAAAGAAACGAAAUAGAAUUACAAAAAUAUCAACAAUAACAACAAGCUUAGCAGAACUAGUUAACUAGUGAUUUAGUUGUCACAUCUAAUUUGUUGUUGCUAUCAUUAAUAAUUAUGAUAUAAAAUCAUGACUGAAGUGUCCAUAUUCAGUACAGGAGAUAAUCCGAUGAAUAUUUUGACAGACAUAGAUCAUCAUCAUCGUCAUAAUCAUACUCAUCAAGAUACACAUCAUUUUCAUCAAAAUCAUCAACAGGAUUAUUAUCAUCCUAAUAAUCAUUAUAAUGAAAAUCAUCAUCAUCAUCAUUCAACUAUACAUCCAAAUUUUAAUAAUCCAGAAUUGGCCAUUCAUAUUGAUGAUUAUCAAUUUUAUGCAAUCGUGAUACAAGUAAUACUUGGUAUUACAACAAAUGCAACAAUCUUAUGUUCAUUAGCCAUUAAAAUAAGACGUCGUCGACGACAGAAUCAACACGUAAUUAAUCAUGGAUUUGGUAAACAACAAUCACAAAUACCAGUGAUUGAUAUAAUCAUCACAUUGUUUUUCAUCGAAUCAUUGCUUAAGAUUCUAUUUCGUUCAACAAUACAGCUAGGAUGUUUUUAUGGCUAUUGCAUCAUAUAUAACGAAAUACUUUGCUAUCUACAAGGAUUUGGCAUUACAUUCAUGCAUUAUAUACAUCUAUGGACGAUGGCAUUAUUCAUACAUGAUCGUUAUAUAAAACAUUAUAAACAACAGAGUGAUUAUCUUUGUAAAUGUACACAUAUGGUACUAUAUUUGACAAUGUCUUGUAUAGUAUUUUUAAUUACAUUACAUCUUUGUGCACCAAUCUAUGGUUUUUCAAAUUAUCGUUUUCUAUAUGAUGAACUAACAUGUGCAAUUGAUUGGUCCACAAGACAUUCAUGUCCAUUCUAUGUAUAUUCGUUGUUAUUAAUCACUGGGCCAGCAUCUAUACCAUUAAUUUAUUGGAUGAUGAGAAUAACUUAUAAUUCAUAUCGUAAUAAUAAUAUAAGAAUCAAUUGGAGAAUGUUUUGUCAACAUUAUCGUUGUUGUUGUUUUCGUUCACAAAAUAAAAAUAAUGUUGAUGGUUCUAUCGGUGAUAAUGGUGAUGAAACAAAAAAUUCCAUAUCCAAUGAUAAUGAUAAAGAUAAUUAUUCUCAAACAUCAUCUUAUCAUCAUCAUGUACCUACAAUACGUUUUUCUAAACAUUCUGAACAAAUUGAAAUAUCUUCUCACCGACAACAACAACCACAUGUUCAGCAGCAGCAGCAGCAACAACAACAACAACAGAAUCUAGAAUCAGUGAUUACCAUAGCUGAAUAUAAUAAAAUAACAUUUUCACCGUCUACAACAAAAGAUGAUAAUGAUAAUUUUAUAAUUCCCUUAUCAAUGAUGCCCAUAUCAAAGUCACAAUCUAAGCCGCCUACAUCAUCACCAUCGAUAGAAUCGAUUAAUCAAUAUUCAAUGCCUAUUUCAGUGAAAAAAUCAUGUGAUCAUCAUAAACAUUGUGUUUCAUCUUCAACUAUUGGUGAAACAAUGAAAUCCGAAACAACAAAAGCGGAUAUAAUUGUUACAUCAUCCACAUCAGCAUCGAUUACUUCGAUAGCAUCUAAUAGUAAAGUUGCUAUUGAUAUGGAUGAUAAUGAUAGUAAUGGUAGUGAAAAUAAAAAAUGUUCACAAAUUCAUCGAAAACCAAUUAAAACAAUAUUAAAAUUGAAACGAUCUUCUUUGUUAUUAAAACAUCGGACAACCACCACUGAUCGACGAUCAUCACCAUUUGGUAGUGGUUGUAAAACUCGCUGUUCCGGUAAUGGUAAUGGUGGUAAUCUUUCUUGUUCAACAUCAUCUGGGCUAGACAAUCGUAGGACAGCAACAAGAACGAAAACAACAGUAGCAACUAGUUCCACACAAUUUUCUCAACAACAUCGUCAACAAAGUCGUUCAAUUGUAUUCAAUGAAACAAGAGAAUUAAUUUCUAUAACAAUUUGUUCAUGGAUUUACAUCUCAGGUUAUUUGCUCAAAUUAUUCAUCGAUGGUUGUCAUGCUUGUUUACCAACAUUAUUUCAAACAAUGACUACUUCAUCAUUAUCAUCAUCAUCAUCGCCGGAAUCAUCAUCGAAAUUCUUAGUGUAUCAAUUUUUCAUUGUAUACAUUAAUGAAAUGGCCUCUACCGUUUUAUUACCUUUAAUCAUGUUGUUUACACAUCCAAAUCUACGUGUUAUUCUAUACGGAUGUUUAGAAUUAUUAUGGUCAUCAUUGAUACGUUUAAGUAUUAGAUGUUCACGUUGUAUAACCUCAUCAUCAUCUACAAUGAGAACUGGUACCCAUACGCCAAUGGAUACAUUCAAUCUGUCUAAUGCAACAAUCAUUGAUGAUAAAGCCAGUCAUCGACAUCAUCAUCAUCAUCAUCAUUGAUAAAUUACGAUAAUUUCAGAAUG